AUGAAUUCAUCAAUGAAUAUAGAGUUAUUUGAAAGUAGUAUGCUGGUUUGCGGCUCUUUUGAUGAAGGUUUUGUUGAGAAAAAUGUAAAUAUGGAGCAUAUAGAUCCAAUUCAGCUAUUAGUUCCUUUAAGUAGUGAAUCUUAUUCAUCUAGUUUUGACUGUGGUUCGGUGUUCAGUUCUGAAGAUUCUAGUGUGACUAGCGAUUUAGAUUCAGUUUGUUUUAGCCGCUCGAGACAUUCAUCUUUUGAUUUCAAAGAAUCUAAAAUUAAUUUCAACUAUAUUGAGUUUCCAGCCUCUGCCUCUUAUACUGAGCUGUUAUGUGAUAUGGACAUCGAGAAACUUUUAGCUGAUUUGCCUGAUUCUAAAUUUCCUCAAGGUUCUGCUGCUACCUUGAUUGUUUCAGAAGAGAAACAAUCGGUUUCUGCUAAUGCUGCUUGUGAAGAUACUAAUUCGAAUGGUAUUGUAUCUGUUGAAGUCUCUUUGACUAAGAUUUCCCGUGGUGGCAAAUUUGGAUUGACAAAUCCUGGGAUACCAAAGAAUAGUUCCGCUAGCUAUCCCACGUCGACCGAACUGGCUGGCCUAGGUAUUUUUUUCCCUAAAGUCGAAUACGAGAUGAAAGAUAACUCAGUACCAGUUUCGAUAUCAUUCGAACAACCAAUUAACCAAUUAAGACUAAUUGGAAUGUUCAAGAAAACAAAUUUCAAAAACUCAAUCAGUUUUAUUGAAAACCUUCAACCACUAUCGUUUUUACAAAAAGAUUCAAGAUUUCAAAGAAAAAAUUACAAAUUUGACCAUGAAUCAAAAGCACCUAUCAAGAAACCUAGUUCCAGAGCUAAUGUCUGCGAUUUAAGAAGUGGUUUAAACUUAUCAAAUUAUAGCCUUGCCUUAACCAAAUUAGUUGAAGAGCAAAUUCUCAGGCUUUUCGAACUCGUUUGUGAUUUUGAUAUCACCAAAAAUAGUUGGAGAAGACAUUUGAAAGCUGAUCAAAGAUCAGAUCUUUUGGUUCGCUUAUUCAAAUACACUUCUAUUUGGUUCCCUGAUUACGAUACGACAACGCUAGAUUUUGUUAUCUCACGGGCCUCAUACGCUAGAAAACAAGUUGCUUACAAGUCCAAAAAGAAAUUAAAUAAGCUAAAAUUCAAAAAUGAUUAUUAG